CCUGUUUUGUUCGGUUAGAGGCGCGAAAAAGCCGUUUGGGGCAACCGCUUCCGUGUUGUUUCAAGUAUUUUGUUAUAACUUCAUGGUAAAUCCAGCGAAAUUAAGCGAGCAGCACCCAUCGCAUAAAGUCCGAUACAAUGCAACGCAAAAGGAGGACCUUGCCGUCGGAGGCAGCGUCGACUUCUCGCAAGAGAUCCAAAGGGGCGCAAGAUGACGAAUCCUCUUUACGUAGAAGAGCCGGCGUUAUAAACCGCAUAGCGUUAAAGAACUUUAUGUGCCACUCGUUUCUCGAGGUGGACUUUGCAACCAACAUAAGCAUGAUAAUCGGGAAGAACGGUAGCGGCAAGAGUGCCAUAUUAACAGGUCUGAUUGUCGGUUUAGGGGGCAAAGCAAAUCUAACCAAUCGAGGGACCAGCGUGAAAAGUUUCGUCAAAGUCGGGAAGCCAUCGGGUAGUGUAGAAAUCGAGUUGUGCAACGAAGGCCCCAUGGCUUAUAAGCCAAGGGUGUACGGCUCCCGUAUCGUUAUCGUGAGGAACGUGAACGCUUCCGGCGGCGGUAGUUACAAAGUUAAAGCCGCUACGGGUGAGGUGGUUUCGACGCAGGCCAAGGAAGUGCAGAACAUUACGGCGAACCUAAACAUUCAAAUUGACAAUCCGAUUUGUGUGUUGAACCAGGACACGUCCAGGAACUUUCUGAGUGGCGGCAGCUCGAAAAAUAAAUUUGCAUUGUUCGUGAGGGCGACGAGGCUCGAUACUCUCGAAUCGGAGUACCGGAAAAUACUGGACAAUAAGAACGAAAGUGUCGCCAAAUUGGACGAGAAAAAGGGCAAUUUCCAAAAACUGAAGGACGAAAUAAAAAAUUUGAAGAAAAAAAUCGAAAACCAUCAGUCGAUCGUCAGUCUCAAGGACAAAAAGUUCGAACUGCAACGGGAGCUCAUGUGGGCCCAGGUCAGGGACGUCGAAGAUGACUACUGCGAGGCGGAAGAGAACGCGAAACAAAUCAAAAAAAAGCUCGACGAUUUCGUCGAAAAUUGCAACAAACGGGAAAACGAAUCGGACACCAUCGCCCAUUGUAUAAGCGACAUCGAACGGCAGAUGACGGAACUGAAAGAGCAGGCGGACAUACAGAGACGGCAGCAGAGCGACCUCAGGCGUCAGCUCGACGAACUGAUGGACGCUUAUAACGCGAAGAAGAGAGACAGACGAGCGGCGGCCGUCGUGGCGGAAUCGAAAACCCAAGACGUCGCCUAUUUGGAAAACGAAAUCGCUAACGCUACCGAAAAUAUGUCUAAGGUGGCGGAGCAGAAACACGAACGGCUGAGAAAGCUCGAAGCCCUCAGGGAUCAGCUCAAGGGCCUUUCCGAUCAGUUGGAAACCACGCAGAACGAGCUAUUCCAGGCGAAAAGCCAUCUCGCCAGGAAGCACGAAGACGAGAACAGUUUGAAGGCGGAGGUUGACCAAAUCGAGGCUCAGAUCGCUCAGGAGAGAAGGAGCCUGCAAGCGUUGGAAAGAGAGUCCGGCAACGCUCUGACGCUCUACGGCAAUGGUAUCUCGACGGUAGUGCAGGAGAUAGAGCGUCGCAAGAACGAGUUCGCGCAUGUGCCUCGCGGACCGUUGGGUUUCCACAUAAAGUUGCGCGAGAAAAAGUGGGCGGUGGCGAUCGAAGGUUACCUGGGAGGCGGCAACAUCAAGGCGUUCGUCGUGGAUAACAGGAAAGACGGCCAGCUGUUGCAGCAAAUAUUCGCGAGGGCGUGUCAGGGAGAGCAGUACCCGACCGUGAUCACGUCGAAGUUUAUUUAUCGCAGACACGACGUGAGUAGAAACAAGGUCGCCGCCCCGGGCGAUUGUGUCAGCUUGUACGACGUUCUGGACAUUGAGGACCCGAUAGUGAGCAAUUGCAUAGUAGACCAGUGCUCUCCUGAGAACAUCCUGCUGAUCCCCACCAACGAUCGAGCUAUGGAAUUACUCGCAGAGCAGGCGAGGGUGCCGACAAACUGCAAGCAGGGGCUGACCACGAACGGGGACAAGUACUACCCUGACCCGAACUACAAGACCUACGCCUCUAAUUACCACAGGUGUCGCUACCUGCAGGUAGACACCAGAGAGCACAUGCGGUUACUGCAGGAGAACAUCAACUCGUUGUCCGACAAGAAGCAGUCGGUCCUGCACCAACUGCGCGCGCUCCAAAACGAGAUCAAUCAGCAAACGCUGACCGCGCGCCACCUGGAGGAGAAGAUUAGGAAGGUUCAGAUGGCGAGGAGCAAGAUACGACGUGAGCACGACGAACUGAACCAGUCCGCGGAGCCCGAGGUGCACAAUCUCCAGUAUUUGGAAACCGAGGCUGCGGAAUUGAGGAAAACGAUCGAGGAGAACAAGGCGUCGAUGGAACAGGCCACGGAGGAGAUGAAGGAGAUGCGGGCGCAGAUCCAGGAAAGGGAGGAGAAGAUCGGAGCGAUGCGCAAGGUGUGCAAAGAGAUCGAGGAGCGGAUGUGGCCGUUGCAGCGUGAGCUCGAAGAGCGUCGGGCUAAACGCGACCAGGCAGUCGUCAACGGUCAGUUCGCAAAGCGCAGGAUCGAGGAGUUCCGCGGCAAGGUGGCGGAGGCCGAGGCUUCGUCGGCACUCAAAAAACGCGUCGUCGAGGCGAAAACGGCCGAGGCCGCCGAGUUGGGCGCGAGACCGCCGGAUUUGAGGGCGGUAGUUCAAGUAUCCCACGAGAUAAGCGAGCUGACGCGCAACAUAUACCGGAUCCAAACCGAGUCGGAUAAUAUAGGACACGUGACGGACCGGUACCGGCAGCUGAGCGAGAAAUUUCAAAACAGCGCCGAGAUUAUGGACAGAUUGAUCGGCAACGUGAGGGAGCUAACGGUGGGCGUGGAACGACGCAAGAAGCACUACAAACUGACCGAGAACUACUUCGUCACGUUCAUGAAGCAUUCGUUCCGACGUAUCCUCGAAGUUCGGCAGUUCGAGGGCACGAUCGAUAUCGACAUGGAGGCUAGAAAAUUGGAGCUGGUGGUGAUUCCCCAACAGGGAUCUCAGGGACCGACCACCACGGCAAAUUUGUCCGGCGGUGAGCGAUCGUUUUCCACGGUGGCGUUCCUUUACGCCCUCUGGCAGUGCAUGGAUUUCCCGUUUUACUUUCUGGACGAAUUCGACGUCUACAUGGAUAAACUCAAUAGGACCAAGGUGAUCGAGAUUCUGCUGCAUCACGCCCGCUCGAAGCCCGACUUGCAGUUCGUGUUUUUGACGCCGCAGGACGUUUCGUUCGUCCCGCAGGACGUGUCCAUCCUCAGGCUCCAAGAUCCCGAAAGGAUGGACGUUUAAAAGCCGACCUAUUUGUUUUUGUUAGUGUUUAUUGGUACUAUAUAACGUAAUAAAAUAACAAUAAUAAAU